AUGCUCGACUCAAGUAGCAACUGCUAUCCAAGUAAUAAUACCAGUGAUAUUAGUGAUAACGAUGACAUUGAUAACGCUUGUGCUAUAAUUGGUGCAAUAGAACAACUUGCUAAGAAGGAGAAAAAAUUUGCAUUUGCUGCUGAACUUGGACGAUCAUUAUUGAAUCGAAAUUAUGAAUUAAAAAAUAGGAAUGAAUUUUUAGAAGAAGCAUUAAAUACAACCAAUGAUAUGGUGGUACAAUUGCGCCAUGAUUUACAAGCGCGCUCAAAUCUUUUACAUUUUUAUAUGGAUUAUGAAACUGAUGUGGAUGGCUGCUCAUCAGGGCAAUCAAAUAGUGAAAAUCUUCAGCGAAAAAUUAAACGAUUGGAAGAUGAGAAUCAAAGUUUGAAAAAGGAGUCAAAAAAUUUGAAGAAAAUUUUUUCGGAAUAUGAAGAAAAUGAACAAUUGAAUAUUUCGGAAUGGACAAAGCAAUUAGAUACUGCUAAUGAAAAGAUUAAUAAUUUACAACAUUUACUUGCUGAAAAGACAGAAGAAUGUGGAAUACAAAAUUUUGAAGUGGAACGACUUCUCAAAGAAAUUACCACUCGAUCAAUUCAUGAAAAAGCGCUAGCAAAUGAAGCUGCCGAUUUGCAAAUACAAUUGCAAGAUGCGCUAGCAAUGCAUGAAGAACUUGCAGCGCAAGUAAAUGACUUACAAGAACGAUACACGGAAGUGCUGGCAAUGUUACGUGAUGCAAACGAAGAGUUACGGACGUAUCGGCAGAAUGAGUCCGCUUAUAGGACAAGUACACCUGAUUCACUCUAUGAUUCAUUAGCAAGUGAAAUUGAAGCAUCCGAUACUGGUUUCUAUAGCGCAAUCAAUAAUCACAGAUUAUCAACAAAACAGCAAAAUGUACAAUCAGUAAUGGAUAUGACUCAUUUAUCAAAUAAAUUAGAAAUGAUUGAAAUUGUGAAUGAUGUGAGUAAUUCAAAUGUAGUAGGAACUCGUACAGUUGCUACCGUUACUGAUCCAUUACCAUCUGAUCGAUAUCAGCAAAAUUCACAUUGUGAUGAUAAUGUAGUCGAUGUACCGAAUCAGAUUUUUGCUAAACUUCUUCGACAUUCUUGUCAUCCUCGUAGUCCCAUAUCUUUUCUACUGGAUAUCAAUGAUUCACAUAAAGUACAAUCAUCAUCAAUUUCUAAAUCUGAAAUUAAACCUUUUGAAGUUGAUGCCAGUUCAAGUACUUCAUUGCAAUCAAAACAACCUUCCAAUGAAAAUAAUAUUUCACAAAAUGCUACUGUGUAUGAUUUAAAUCGAAUACAAAGUGAUAAUUUCGAUUCACUUAGUAAAACAGAAUCAAAUGAUUCAUUGUGUGGUUAUGAGGGACCAAAGUUGGGUGAACCUGGACGACCUGGUACACGUGACCUAGAAUGGUCAAUUAAAAAAUUGAAUAUACGAAGACAGAUCGAAAGAGAAUAUACAAGAUUUCGUCGAGAACGUGGUUUAUUACCUUCAAAUGCAUCAUUCUUCAAUAAUUUAUCAACUCAGAAUUCGAUGAAAAAAUAUCAUUGGCCAGGAAUUAUACGACAUGAAACAUUAUUGCAUUCAGAUGAAUUACAAAAACAUAAAUUCACAAAUGAUUUAUCACGGGUAUUUAAACGUGACAAAAUUCUUUCAAGCGUUGGCUUACUUGCUUCACUUAAUAAUAAUCUUGCUCAAGGUAUUGUACUUCGUUCAACAAUUCCAGUAAAAUCAUAUAUUAUUACACCUUUACAACAGAAGCUUAAAAAUUUCACACGUGAUAUAUCAUCAUAUUCAUCAUAUCUUUUGGAAGCACUUAGUCUAUGUAUACCGACAGAAUCGUUAUCACUAUCAUUAACUUCAAAACAGUUAACUCGGUUUCAUAGUAUGCAUAAUUUACAUCACAUAAUUAAUUGA